AUGAACUGCAUAUUUAUUGUAGUGUCAAUUAUUAUUUUCUUCUAUUCUGUUCCUAAAGGUGUUUAUUCAAUAGUUUUUGAGGGAAGAGCAGAACAUAAUGCAGUUCUUAUUAAUAAAAAAUUGUAUUUUUAUGGUGGAUAUGUUCAAAAUCAAUCUUCUACUGCUAGACGCUUUGCUAAUAACGUGCUAUUAUUUCUUAAUAUUUCAAUGAAUUUUAGCAUAUCCGAUAUAUCUUUAAUGCCCUGGACAGAUCUUUCUUCAAUUAGAGGCACAACAAACCGAACUGGAGCAUCAGCUUAUAGUUCAAUUAUCCGAUUUGAUAUCACAACGCAACAAUGGAUUACACCAACUAUUUCUGGAUCCAUACCUCCUUAUCUAGGCA